AUUUUUUUCAUUUAUUAAAUAUGUCAUUCUUUGUUUGAUUUCGCUUUCAUAAAUAUUUGUGUAUAAACAAGGGAUUGGAAAAACAGGGUGAAUACUGAAUAAAGAAAAGAAAGGGAUGAAUCAGGAUUUAAGUAAAUUAGGUUGGAUGGGUGAUAACCAAAAUGGUGGUGGAAAACGAAAAUCGGAUGGCGAAUAUACGACGGACGGUGUAAGAAAAUCUGAUGACGUUGAAAAUGAACUGAGUAAAUCUAUAAAUUCGACGGAGGAGAUUCCGCCACCAAUGUUUGAUAUCAUAUCAGCAGUAAGUGUUUUAGAAGACGAAAAUCUUGAAAGAAAAUAUGUUUUAUAUACAGUACGUGUUCGACAUGGGUCAGCGAGGGCUGAUUUACAUACGACGACUAUUGAUAGACGGUAUACCGAUUUCUUGACACUCUAUGAAACCUUAAAAAAAGAUGGUUCUGAACAGUUAAGCUCAUACACAUUUCCUCGAAAGGCAAUUGUUGGCAAUUUUUCACAAAGGCUUAUUAACGAACGUAGUAAAAAAUUUGAACAAUUAUUAGAAUUAAUAUCUAAAGACUCGAAAUUACGAAGUUCAAUUGCUUUACUGAAUUUUUUACAAGAUAAGGAACUGAAAAUUGCUUUGGAAUUAUGUGGCCAACAAAGAUAUGAUAUUGCUGAACCAAUUUUAAAAAAUAGUUUUCGGCUGCUAAAUAAGGUUUAUACUGAUCGCUCGGCUGCUGUGUUAUUAUCGUUAUGUAGACUUGUUGGAUGUUAUGCUGUGACACCGGGCACAGUAAAUGGUUCAGCUGAACGAUGGGCAACUUUAGCUUUACAUCGAUAUGAAGGUGUUAGUGAUGCUGAUUUAUUAAUGCUUUAUGGCCCGCUUUUAGAAACAUGCUUAAAAUUAUGGGAACGAAAUGGAAAAGAUUGGCAAUUAAUUAAGGAACGAUUAGCUGAUAUGAAACGUCGAGGAGUUUGUAUGCCAACAAAAACUUUAUUAGAAGCUGUUAACGAUUUAGACAUAAAUUAUCGUAGCUUGCCAAGUAAUUAUUUUAACGCAUAAAGAAUGUUAUUUCAUAUUUGUGUAUUUUUCGAUGAAAGUGCUUAAAAUUCAUGUUAUAUAAUUGCGCAUAAACAUAAUAUGAAUUAUGUCGAAAAAAAUUUCGUUUUAAAUCAAAGUUAAUAUUUCAUAGAUUCUCAUCUUUUAUCUCAGAGAUUGUGAAAGUAAACUGUUGAAUAUGGUUCGUACCGUUAAAAGAUUUAAGACAUAUGAAACAUCUUAAUAAGAUUCUACUUCACCAAAAGUCACAAAUAAUGGUUUCUCAAAAUGUAUGAAAAAGUUUAUUAAUUGUUAUUUAGAAGAAAUAUUUAUAAGUUUUAUAAAUUAAUUGGAAUUUAAAUUAAUUGGAAUUAGUGUGUUUAUUUUGACUGAUUUUGAAUCUCAUUUCAAGUUUUUACGAAUUUAUAUUAAUUUUCUUGUAGUAUAAGAUAAUAACGCCAUUAUAAUUUUUGA